GUGGGGGGGUGUGGGUGGGGGAGAGGGGUUAGGAGUAUAACCUGAGAUGAGGGCAGAGCCGUAACAAGGUGUUGGUUUCGCUGCUUUCACUGAGAACUGGGCGGCGGCUCAGGUGUGCUGUGCCCAGGUGUGGUGUGGACGGAGUGGUUGGCCACGCGGCUAUGGCUCGGCGCUCGCAGUGCUCCUCCCUGGGGGAGAUGCUGAACGACCCCAAUUAUGUGCCCCCGCACUACAAGGAGUAUUACCGGCUGGCCAUCGACGUGCUGGCCGAGCAGGGCAUAGACUCUUACUACCACUUUCUGGCCGAUGAGCGGCAGGUGGAGUUCCUCAGCACCAGUGAGAUCGAGCACAUCAAUAAACACCUGCGUAAGCCCGCAAGGGCCCUGGACGAGGAGCCACACAGCCAGAGCGAUUACAACGAGUCGGACUCAUCGGGCACCUACUGGCCGGUCCACACAGACAUCGACGCCCCCGCCCUGGACCUGGGCUGGCCUGACAUCGGCAGGUACAGGGAGCCCUCCGACGUCACCAUCUUCGUGCACCCACCGGCUCCGGACACACUGAGCAUCAAAGAGGAGGCACGCAGGCUGAUCCGUUCCGCUAAUCAGGUCGUGGCCAUUGUAAUGGACAUGUUCACUGACAUUGACAUCUUUGAGGAGCUGGUGCAGGUGGCAAAUCGAGGUGUGCCCGUCUACGUGCUCCUGGAUGAGCUGCACGCUCACCAAUUCCAGGACAUGGUGAAGAAAUGUCAGGUCAAUCUCAGUGUGAUCCAGUUUAUGAGGGUGCGGACUGUCCAAGGCCAGACAUACUUCUGCAGGUCUGGCAUGUCCUUCCACGGCAACUUGAUGGAGCGCUUUGUGCUGAUCGACUGCCUCGUGGUGCUGUCCGGCUCCUACAGUUUCAUGUGGUCCUUCGAGAAGAUCCACCGCAGUAUGGUGCACCGCUUCCAGGGCGAGCUGGUGAACAUCUUUGAUGAAGAAUUCCGUAUCCUCUUCGCCCAGUCCAGCCCCCUGCCCGGAGUGGAGAGCAUAAUGCCAAAGAUGGAGAGCUACUAUGCGGUCCAACCUUACGAGCCCCGUUACAGGAAGCGCCCCACCCUGAGCUUCCUCCACCACCAGGAAGACCAGCAUUCCCAAAACUCGGGUUUCUCCUGGGGGGAGGUGGACCCGGACAGACCCCUCCGCUCCUUCCGAAGGGAUGAGGCAUUCAGGCAGACCAUGGAGGGGGUCACCAACCAGGGCUACACCAGGGCCCAGUUCGCCCAGCGCUUCGAGCAGCAGAAAUUCCAGUUCGACCCCACGUCACGUGCUAUCCUGAGGUCCAAGAAGAUGGAGAUGGACUCCUACAAGAGACAGAGCUAUGCCGAGGGCACGUACGAGAGCUACUCAACUGCCAGAGAGCUGCAGUUGUCCCGACGGGGCGAGCUCUUUGACGAAAUGGACUCCAGGUCCGAGCGAUUGGAGGGAGACAGGAUGCUGCCCCUGGAGAGGAACUGGGCCAGAGAUGGACUCCUGUCCCUGGAGAAGAAACCUUUUGGACAGGAUCUAUUUGACCGAAUAAGAUCCAACCAUCAAGGACUACGCCAGCAUGAGGACAUUACCGAUCCUUACCUGGAGGACUUUGAGAUGCGCUCCAGGCUGAGGCAGGGGUCGGGUGACCGUAGGCUGAUGGAUGAUGACCAGUUUGCUGUGGACGUACCCAAGAGGCCUAGCAUCGGGCAGACCUAUGCCUGCCUGAAAUCGCCUACCCAGACAUCAGUCCUCGAUCAGAAACUGAUUUUCCAGGAGUCGGUAUUGAAGAAGGGGGAUGAUCACCAAACCAAGCAAGGUCUCAGGAGUUGGAGGAUAGGUUCCUACCUCAGUGCCUACCAGGAUGAAAGUCAGGAGGGGAUGGAGGAAGGAAGUCACUUCUCCUCUGUAUUCCAGGGCUUCGAGGAUGAGGCGCCCCCCAACCCGGGCAAGAUGAGACCUUCCUUUGAAAGGGACUUCAUCUACCAAUCCAGCAGUUACCUUCAGAACAUGAGGGCCUGGAAAACCACCCGCACUGCUGAUCAGUCAGGCUCACCUGAGCAAGGGGCUGAGGAGCAGGAGACAACGCUGAUGAAACAAGAGUCCAUGAGGAGCAAGAUCAACCCGCUGCUGCAGAGAGGCUCCCGGCUCCGCUCCUCUCUCAUCUUCAACUCCUCCAAAAUUGAGCAGCACAGCCCGAGAGGCAAGAGCGGCUUCUCCAGCGUCCAGGAGCAGAUCCAAGGCCAGGAGACGCAAGAGAAAUCCGAGACGUCCGGUCCAAAGCCGGUUGACGGAGGAGUCAAGGCCAUCAAGCCCCAGACUGGAGAGGUGUCUGCAGGGAAAAUCCCGAGCAACAGGACGCAGAACAAUAAGCCCUCAGAAACCCACCAGGCCUCUAACCUAGUCAUCAGCAGCUUAGAGAAAGUGAGGAACAAAGAGCAGCUGCAGCUCAGCAAGAAGGUUCUAGACGCCAUUCAGAAAUUAGACCAGGAAAAGCCAGCGGUAAAGGAAGUGAAGAAGGCUGAAUUGGGCCCGACCCAAAAGAAUGGCACUAUCGCUCCAGAAAAGCCAUCUCAGGACCACAGAUUUCCAACUGAAACCAAGCCCGAAACCAAGCAGUCCUCUGCCCAGGAACCAGUUUCCAAGCCGAAUCUCAAUGAGAGUCUGAAAUGUUCCUUGGAGUCCAUCAAGUCUCGGAGUAGAGCAUCCUCCACCAACAUAGUGGAGCCAGCCACCGAUACCUACGGCUCGACCGUGUCUCUGGACACUGGGUUGAACUCCGAGUUGGCGAAAAGCAAGGACCAGGGAGUUUUGGACUUGUCGCACAGGAGUUCCUUCAGAAUGAAAAACUUCCUAAACUUCUCCGGUGAGAAAAAGCCCAAGGAGGAGGCAAGUAAUCCAAGUGGGAGUCAGCCAUCGCCUCUUGUCACCGGUGGGGAGAAGACCACCGCCACAGCUGCCGAGGUGACCUCGCCCAGUGCAGAGGAGAAACCUCAGAAAUCUCCAACCCCGGCGGCGGGAGUCAAGGCCAGCCAGAGUUUCUCUGGUAGCCGGUUUGCCAGCAACGUGAAAUACAGCAGCAACUUGCGUGAUGACACCAAAGUCAUCCUGGAGCAGAUCUCUGCCCACAACCAGAGCCGAGGGGAGAUGCACAGAGCCCUGCAGCCCGGGCACGGGGAACCGGCCAAUUCCCUGAGUCCCCCUGUGGACCACCAACCCCUGAGCCCAUCGGCCAAGUCACCCCCAGAGCCAACGAGCUCCAGCCCGGAGAGCCAACAGGAGACCAAAGGCCAGGUGGAGAGGGACAUUCUCAUCAAGAGGAUGGACAGCAUCCGCAAGGAGAAGAGAGUCUACAGCAGGUUCGAGGUCUUCUACAAGAAGGAGGACAAGACACAGUCCAGCUCGUCCACCCAGCAGCAGGACGGGGCCAGCCAGGCAUCACUGGAAGCUGAGAAGAGAAAACAUGCAAAGUUUAUUCCCCGAUUUUUCGGGAACCUAAAGCGUUUCUAAGGGUUGUGGACUCCAUCCUGCCUCGCAGUGAGGUGGACUCCAGGGUGGAUGUGUUGGAUGUGGGAGCAGAGUGGGAGGUCACAUCCCGCCCUGCUCGCUCACUGGACUUGAACACAUUAAAUAGACUCCGGAGAGACGGGAUCAUGAGCCCUACCAGGGAGGGCUGGGACCGGGACACUGGGAUGAUCGGCCAGGGAACGUCGGGAACCGAGACACCGGGAUUACCGGCUGGGGAGCGUUGGGACUGGAACGCUGGGAGAGAUCACUAUGUGGAGAUAAUCCAAGUCCCGACAUGGGACUUGAACCCGCAACUUUCUGACUCAGAGGCGAGAGAGAUACCAAUGAGCCAGGCUGACAGGAGAUUCUGUCUUUCCAGAUGAUACGUUAAACGAGAUCCCCUCUGCCUGCUCAGGCAGACAUCAAAGAUCCCACAGCAUUAUUGGGAAAGAGAAGGGAGUUUUUCUCCC